GCGCGCGGAAAGAAAGCGGCCGAGAGGCAGAGCGAGAGGGGACCGCGGGCAGUGGGGACUGCGGGCCGGGCGUACGUGGGGGGCGGGGAGCCGCGGUCGCCAUGAGCGAGCUCAAGGAGUGCCCGCUGGAGUUCCACGAUUUCCGCGCCGUGGAGCACACGCGGCAGUGCCCGCGCUACACGGCCGUGCUGAGCCGCCCGGCCGAGGACGGCGUGGGCCCCGAGGAGCUGGACACGCUGCAGCUCGAGCUCGAGACUCUGCUGGCAGCGGCGUCGCGCCGCCUGCGCAACCUCGAGACGGAGAUCCAGAUCCUGACCGACUGGCAGGAUCGUAAGGGCGAUAAGAAGUUCACGAAGGCGGCCGAGCACGUGGCAUCCUCCACAGGCAAGCACGGAGGCAGCAAACCCAAGAAACAGAAGCCGGACAGCAAGGGGAGCCAUGGCGAUGCCGAGACCGUCGGUGCGGGUCGCAGGCACGGCUCGGCGGGGACGGGGGGCGCCCACGGGGCGGGGGCAGGCGGUGGGGGCCAUGGGCCUGGGCGGCCCAAGACCAAGAACCUCCAGCCCAAGUUCCAGGAGUACGAGUUCCCAGACGACGUGAUGGACGAGCCCCGGGCGCCCAAGAACGACGCGCCCAGCCGCUUCUGGGCGUCAGUGGAGCCGUACUGUGCCGACAUCACGGCCGAGGAGAUCCGAGUCCUGGAGGAGCUGCUCAAGGUUCCGGAGGAUGAGGCCGAAUACUACAAGGUCCCCCCGCUGGGCAAACACUACUGCCAGCGCUGGGCGCAGGAGGACCUGCAGGAGGAGCAGAGGGACGGCGCUCGCCCUGCAAGCGCGGCCGACAGGAAGAAGGGGACCCAAGGCACCCUGGGAAACACAGAGGUGGACAACCUGAUGCGGCGUAACGAUGCGGGGACGCAGAACGAGCAGCCGGAGGACGCGUGCCCGUUUGGGCCGCUCACCCAGCGCCUGGUGCAGGCCCUCGUGGAGGAGAACAUCAUCUCACCCAUGGAGGAGUCUCCGAUCCCGGAACUGGCCAGCAAGGCCAGUGAAGGGGAUGGGGCGGCCACAUCCCCCCGCAGCCAAGCCAAGCCCUUCAGCGUGCCGCACACCAAGUCGCUGGAGGCGCGCAUCCGGGAGGAGCUGCUGGCGCAGGGGCUGCUGGACUCGGAGGGCCGCGGCGGGGAGGACUCCGAGGACGAGGUUCUGGCCGAGCUGCGCAAGCGGCAGGCCGAGCUGCGUGCCGUCACGGCGCACAACCGCGCACGCAAGCAGGACCUCCUGCGGAUGGCGCGGGAGGAGAUGCGGCGUCAGGAGCUGCGCGCCCGCGCUCGCGUGGCCGACACGGAGGUGAUGGAGGCCUACCGGCGCAUCAUGGGCGCCCGGCAGAAGAAGCGGACGCCCACCAAGAAGGAGAAGGAGCACGCCUGGAAGGUGCUCAAGGAGAGGGAGAGCAUCCUCAAGCUGCUGGAUGCGUGAGGACGGCAACGGGUUGGGCGGGGGAGGGGGGAGAGAGGCCAUCGCCGCGUCGUCGGCCCUCCGGGGCUCGCGCCUGCGCCGUUGUUUCCGCGAGGGGAGAUGUUGGCGUCCCGGGGGCGUGGAGGUGAUGGCGGUCGCGUGCCGAUCCUCGCGUGUGUCGCGUCACGAUUUGACGGGUUCGCGAUUCCGUUAAACGGUCAGUUCGUCUCGUUUUUGAGCGUCUCGUCGCGUUGCCUCCUUUUCGUUUGUACAGUUUUAUUUACCCCCCACUCGCCGACACUUGUAACGUGAGCGCGUCGUCUGUAUAGUUCGCAAGUCGCGACUUCUCACGCACGAUUUAGAUAACGUGUGCAUCUUGAGAACAGGAAUCGAUUUGAACCCGAUGCACCGUUACAUGCCCGGUGGGUAGGGUGCUAGGCAAUCGUCUUGCUGCGUUUCCACGACCCCGAAGAAGACGGCUCAUUGGCCCAGGAAUGGUCCUGGAGGCCUCUAACAUUACAUCCCAUCCCCUCCUGUGGCCUGGGAGGGAAGAGAUAAGAGAUACAAAUAAUGCAGGCCUGGUGUGUGUUAGGAGUUCCCAAGUAAGUGUCUUGAUUUAUACUUCUCAGCCGUGUUUUAGAUGUGCACGGCCCCGAAACUAAGUUCAGCGAUGGGCACCAAUCACCACACCUCUCGCUUCCUCGUUGAAGCCACGAUGCCACCGCUGGUUUCCAAGGGCGGGCCCGGCUAACGGCGUGCAGCUCGCAAGCGAGCCAAGCAGAGGCCCUGCACGCAGGUCGGUCAGCUGGGCCCGGUGAAGCCAGUGUGGGAAUUUGGCCUGAGCCAAGUUGCCCGGCUCGCGAACAAACCGGCACGCUUCCCAGUGGCAGUGGAAAAGGCAGCAUUGGUAUUGGUGUGAGGGUUUAGAGUCUCGGCUAGUGCUCGUAGCAUUAAGAAAAGGUCAGGUAUUAACCUCACAGGUAACAUCAUUAGGAGUUGGGGGCAGGGUUAGUGCUGUUUUAAGGGGUUAGGGUAUCUCGGUAGUUCUGUGCCGUGUAUUGAGGUAGUGGUAGUGUUUUGCAAGAAGGUUUUGGGGUUGUGGUUUUUGCGCAGGUGUUAGGCGUUCGGUUGUGGAUAUUUGGCGAGCCAUCGGGACCCCGCGCGUGUAUAGCCUCGUCCUCCACAAGUAGCGUGUGCGUGCGGUGUGGUCGGUGUGUGAGUGGUUUCUACCUUCGUGUAUGUGUGUGGUUUGUACUUCACUUUGAGUGUGGUCGCAACCAAUGUGUGGUUUAUAACAGUGUGGUCAGUACCCGGGUGGUUGGUAUUUGUGGUCGGUUUGUACUCGUCUGUGUGAUUUAGUGUCCGUGAGUGUGGUUGGUUCCUGAGUUUUGGUACCUGGUGUGUGGUUGACGUCGGAGUGCGGUUCUGUGGUUCUGCUCCACGUGGGUUGCACAUGACAAGUUAAAACAAGAGCAAUGUCGAGUUGCUGAACACUUAAUAAAUAUUUUUGAAAUCCCAA